AAAAUAUUGCCUAUUCCAAUACACUCCGUAAAUAUUUACGUUUUAUAAUCAAUAAAUUAAAGAAUCCUACAAUUUUAUUUAUUCGUCCUAUUUAGGUAAUUAGUAAUAAACAACAAUGAUAUUCCAUCGAUUAGUAAUAAUGAAAUUUAAUAAAAAAUAUUAACAUCUCAAAAUGUCUUAAAUUAAAUGUCAACUUAAUCCUCAAAAAGAUGAAUAUCAUUCGUUUACUAAAUCACCAGGCUUAACUUUAUUGAUUAGAUAAAAAAAUGAGUGGUCAGUUAAAUAUCACAAUAAGGUCUGAAGCUCGAUUGGAUGCGAAAUGGUUAAAAACAGAUUUACGACGUUUACUCUGCCGAGAUGGGCUUGCGGAGCUUUGGAACGGAAUGGUUCGAGAUGGAGAAAUAAUAGGAAACUUCAGCGAUGGUCUAGUGAAUUCUGCUGGAGUUAUAGCAAGAAAAGGUGACAGUGGUCAUUAUUAUUGUAAUUUAGACGUAUUAACUUGUCCAUGUUGUGAUGGAAUAUGCGGUCCUCAGAGUGGCUGUAAUUGUGUACCUUGUCAAAAAUUAGAUGAGGAAGAAGCAGCAAGAACAACAGCUUUAGUAGAAAAAUUCGUACCAGCACAAAAUACGAUAGAUUCAUGGCUUUGGGGGUCCCAACUGUCAUCAAGUGAUUGGUUGAAUUGCAUAGAAUCAUUGAUUAAAGAACAAACUACCUUAUGUCACGAAGUUGCCAAUAGUACCUUAUCAUCAAUACGUUUGCGGCAACGAGUGGUAGUCGCACGUAGAUAUUUUACUGCCUUGUCACGCCACAAACCUCAGGAGAACAAAGAACCUAUGACUGUAUCAAAGACUGCAACAAAAAUACAAAAAGUAUCCAAGCCAAGUGAAAAAGCAGCCGUGGGUUUAGCGAGAGUUGGAACACGAGCUGCACUUAAUUUUUCAUUUGCUUAUCUCCGAAGAGCAUGGCGAUCUGGUGAAGAUAUUGAAUUCUGUAGUGAAAUACUUUCUGAAUCUCUAGAAACUCUUCAAGCAUUACCUGAAGCGACUGUAUUUGAAGAAAAUAGUAGCUCUCAAGUGUGGCUAGAAGUUGUAGAAAAAUCAGCCAAAUUUUUACGUCAAGUAGUUAAUGGUGAUGUUACGGAUAGAUCUUGGUGUCCAGUUCCAGUAUCCGACCAACAUACAGCUCUCUGUCUUUUACUAGAAUUAGUGAUACAAAAAGGUACUCUGUCUGGUAUUUUAGACUCAGUAAUUUUACUUUUACAUCUCAGUGGAAAAACGAAAAAUCAAGAUAAUAGAGUCAUACCACCAGGAAGUUCAGCACCACUAGUACCACUUCUUCGACGUCUCAAUUCCAUUCCAGCCCCAAAAUCUCGUCGUGUAGAUGAUAAUUUAACUCCAGGUCCUUGUGAAGUUCUUUUGAAAUAUUUAACACUCCCUGAAGAUGAUAAAGUUGCAAUAGAUUUACGAAAAGCUGCUGUUGUGAUAAUGUGCAAUUUAAGUCGAUUGGCUACUCCACAUCUUCCUCCUUUAAUUACUGACAGUUUGUCUAAAAUCCAGUCUCAAACUUUUCAAGAAGUGUUAGUCUGGGGAGGAGUGAAAUUUGGUAACGGGUCAUCUCCAUUUUACUGUGAUGCUAUUGCAGAGCUUGGAGUUAAACAACUUUGCUGUGCAGAACGUGCUUUAAUGAUUUUAACACAAAACGGUCAAGUUUAUACCAUGCAUUAUGGUUCAGAAACUCAAUAUCCUCAGAAAGUAUCUGGCUUUACGAAUGAAGUUAUCAAAAUGAUUGCAACACAUCCUGAUGGAAGGCAUUAUAUGGCAUUAACUGAAGACGGAGUAACGUAUUCAUGGGGAUGUGGAAAUAGUGGAAGACUUGGCCAUGGAGAUACCAAUUCUUACGAUGACCCUCAAGUAAUUAGAGUACUUGAAGAUAAAAACGUUACAUUCAUAGCUUGUGGGAGUACUUAUUCUGCUGCCAUAACAGCUACAGGAGAACUUUACACCUGGGGAAGAGGAAAUUAUGGUAGACUAGGCCAUGGAAUCUGUGAUGAUAUUUUAAUACCAACGGUAGUAACUGCAUUAAAUGGCCAUGUAGUUGUUUAUGUUGCUUGCGGAACUGGAGAUGCUCAGACCUUAUGUGUAACAGCUUCAGGAAUAGUUUUUUCUUGGGGAGAUGGAGACUAUGGAAAACUCGGUCGCGGUGGUUCAGAUGGUUCUAAUCUUCCUAAAAUUGUUGAUAAGCUUUUGGACAUUGAUGUAGUUAAAGUUUAUUGUGGUGGACAAUUUUCAGCAGCAUUGACAGCCCAGGGAGAAGUUUAUACGUGGGGCAGAGGAACUGCUUAUCGUUUAGGACAUGGAAACGAAGAGCACGUACGAUAUCCAAAAUUGGUUGAAGGAUUAAAAGGUAAAAAAGUGAUAGAACUUGCUGUUGGUAGUGUACUCGUACUUGCAUUGACUGAAGAUCAACAAGUUUAUGGCUGGGGAAGGAAUGAUUAUGGACAGAUCGAUCCUAGUCUUGGUUUUACUAAGGUAUCAGAACCUUGGUUGUGUAGUGCAUUAACGGGAAAAAGUGUAAUUGGAAUAGCAUGUGGACCAACUCAAAGCUUUGUUUGGUGUUUAUCAACAUGGUCUGUAGCAUCGCGUAUCGUUUUUGUUGUUGACGUGUGUGAAGAAACAUUUAAAUUACUUGACAUACUACUUGCCAAGUCUUGUGAAGGACUACCAGGUACUCGACCACCAACUCAAGACCGUGAAUGCCUUGCAGUAGCAACUUUAAAUUUAUUAAGACUACAACUUCAUGCUAUGAUCUCACAUGGAAUUGAUCCUAAAUCGGUUGGACUCUGUUGCAGUAAUUUAUUGAACUCUUUGAAACAACGAUGCGUUCAUCUAGCAAGUGGUGUAGGAAUUUUAGCUACUAUUCAAGAAGCUGCUCAAGCAGUUCUUCAAACUGGUUGGAGUAUUAUGUUACCUACCGCUAACGAAAGAGCAAAAACUUUAUCUGGUUUUUUGCCAAAUUCUAACAGUGUUGAACAAUUAAGUGCUAAUAAAGGUCAACAAUUUAUGGCAGAUUUAUUAGUAUCUAGUUUGAUGGCUGAUGGAGGAUUAGAGCACGCUUUAAAAGCAGCUAUUAAAGCAGAAGUUACAGAUAUAUCAGAUGAAAAAGAGAUAAUUGUUCCUUCAAAUUCAACUUUAGCAAGCGAAACAAAACAAGCUAAGGAAUUAAAUUCAGAAAAAUAUAACAUGACCAUAUCUCUUCUUCAACUGGUCAAACAACUGAUUAGAAAUGGCACUUGUAUUACUCAGUCACAACUUCAAGCACUUCAACAAGGUAGAAGACAAGAAGAAGAAGAUAAAAAAAUGAGUAAUUCACCAAGUUUAAAUCUUCUUCUUCGAUGGCAACGAUUAUUAAUUGCACAAUUAUAUCAAUCCAUCAGUAUAUCUAAUUCCGAAGGUACACGAGACAAUGAAAUGAUUGGAAUAGAAUCUCUGUUGAAAAAGUAUACAAUUCAAAUAUGUAACCAUGUCACUGAAAUUCUCCCUAUGGCUAGCGAAAUAUCAGCAAUUAAUAAUAAAUAUUUUAUGGUAGUUGCGACUAUUUUAAAAGGAGAUAUUGUGAAUGUUCUAUUACCUGAACUUAUAGUUUGUUUGAUUCUUCUUCAAAUAGAUUAUUCUAUGCUGCUACGAGAUAUGAACUGGAUGACUGUCUUUGCACCAGUUUUGGAUGUUUUAGAUCAAUUUAAUCGUCUUGCUCCUACGAUAGAUAAAGAAGAUGCAGAUGAUAUGUCUUGGCCAGGAAUAAUUGCUCCUCAACAAGGAAACAAAGCUUCCAAUGCUGAAGAACCAUCACUGAUCCGUUGGGCUGACUUAGAAAAUCAUAAUCGUGAUGGAGGGCAUUGGAUUGUCAUCAAUAAUCAUGUUUAUGAUGUUCAAGAAUUUUGUCGUGAAGGUUCUUGCACUUUAGAGAUGUUUCAGAGAUAUGCUGGAAGAAAUAUUCCUACUAUCAAUACCAUAAUUCCUCCUCAUUUGAAUACAGGAAUGAUGGAUUCGUAUUUUGUUGGAUAUUAUUGUCAACCAGAACCUGACUCUACACAAUUUCCUAUCGAAGUUGUGGAUGUUUGUUCAUCUUUAUUAGAUAUGGAACGUUCUCUGAGUUUUCUUCUUGGCCUUCACGCGCACAGAAUGCGACAAAGUUUUGCAUUGCUUCCAGCAGAAAUAGAAGCACACCUUUGGCUAGAUGCUAAAUUUCUUCGUGGUGGUCUUCAAAUUCUUCAACCACCGAAUCCAUAUGAAGAAGAAAAAGGAGAAGCUCGAAGUACUCAUUCCACGCCUGCAAAUUCACCAACAGAGCCUGUAGUUCCUAUUUCGAGUAAAGAUAAAUUACAAAAAGUAUCUGAUGAUCGAGUAAGUGCUUUUAUUCAAGCUCUUGCUGAAACUCACAAAACUAAUACCUAUGUCCAAACAUUUUUGACAAUGGUAGAUAAGUAUAGCAAAGCAAAUAAUUUACUUUCCCAUGUUGAUUUUUGUGGAGAUCAUCCUGUAGAGGAAGUAGGUCGACUUCUUAUGGCUGUAAUAAUAAAACAUCUUGCUCUUGGGCAUCAAACGAUUAUGUUAGUUGAUCAAGAGCUAGCUGAUGGUAAUGCAAAACUAACCAGACCUUUAGGAGAUAUGGUAAAAACAAUUCAUCAAACGAAAUGGAAUUUAAUAAAAACUAGACAAUUACAAAAUCGAAGUUACAAAGAAGUUUGUGCUCCUGUUCAAGACAAAUGUCGAUUUUUACUUUAUGAAGUUAGACCAGCAACUAGUUAUGAAGUUAAAGGGUAUCAGAACUUGAAAUUAUUAUAUACAAUACCAAAAUUUAAAAAAGUAGUGCACAGUGUUAUUACAGAUAUCAAGAAAAACAAAGAAACAUCAGGUAAACUUGAAGACAUAGUAAAUACUUCUAUUCAAAAUACGAAAGGCAGAAGAAAAUCUGAAGACUGUUCUACACCAAAAGAAGCUACUACACCAAUCACAGUUAUGCCUGAAAAAUUGGAAGAUAAUCAGAGUAAAAUGAAUAUCCUUCUUCAGUCGAUAGAAAAAAUGGAAAGUAAAACAUUAGUUAUUGAUCCUCAUGAAUUAAUGACUGAUAUAAUUAAUUUUGCCAUCUCUGAAGAAGGUGGAGAUGUAGAAAACCUCCGUCGAGCAAUGUAUUGUCAAAUUCAGCGAGUAAAAAUGCGAGAAAAAGGAAUUAAAAUGAUCAAAAAAUUGUUAACAAAAGAUUAUUUAAUUACUUCUGUCAAAUAUUCAUUAUUAAAUGGUUGGCUCGGUCUUAUACCUGAUAAUACUCAAUUAUCAAGAAGAAUAACUCAUUGUUUAAAUGACAUUCAGCUUGUUACACCAUACCAAAAAGCAAAAGUACUCUUGGCUGAAGCUGAAGUGACAUCUUGGGCAGUUCAAGCACUCAGAGCUUAUGUAAUUCAAGCUGAAUUACCUAGCAAAGAAAAAGUAAGUGGAAAGAGUAGUUUAAAUCAAGGUACUUAUACCUGGUUGAGAAAGUUACCACGUGCAAGAUUUUUAUUAGCCAUUCUUGGUAUGUUAACAAAUCAUCAUUAUGCAAAUGAAAUAGGACUCUUAAUUAAUUCCGGCUUAUUGUCAAAUAUUUUAACACUACUUCGACAAAUAGGGCCUUCAGCUAAAAAUGAAACUGUCAGAGUACCAGAAACUACAGCUAUUUAUGAAGACUCAGUGCAAAAAAAUGAACCUCAUACAGUUCAGUUAAGUGGACCAGAACUCGCAGCUUUAAUGAAAAUUGGUACUAGAGUAGUUCGAGGUGUAGAUUGGAAAUGGGGAGAACAAGAUGGUACUCCUCCAGGUGAAGGAAAAGUUAUUGGAGAGCUUGGAGAAGAUGGUUGGAUUAGAGUACAAUGGGAUAAUGGAACAACGAAUUCAUAUCGAAUGGGAAAAGAAGGAAAAUAUGAUUUAAAACUUGCUGAACCGCCUAUUCCACUUGAAAAUGACUCUGAUGAUGAAUCUCCAAUUGAUACGAAUAAAUCAAACGAAGGAAGUAAAAAAGAAAUUCACCCCACUACUUAUUUAAAAAGUGCAUCGACGAAUUUGUUAAAAAUUCUACUUUUAUCAUGUGGACUUAACGCCGAUGGUAUUCAAAAAUCUGCUGUAACAAUUCUUUCAUCUAUUCUUCGAGGAAUAAUUUCAUUAGCUAAUAAAAAUGAUUCGAGUAUUGCUACUCAAUUAGCUCGAGAACAUCAUGAAACAUGGGCAACUCUUGGCCUAUUGAAAACUAUCGCAAAUUUUCCAUCUCUAUGUCGAGCUCUCAGUACACCAGCAUGGAUCGAUUUUCUUCUGAGUUUGAUUGCUGAUGAACUGGAAGUCAAUUUAUGUAAACAAAUUAUGGCGAUUAGACUUUUAUCAGCUGUAUUGAGCUCCUGGUCAUCUAAUAGCCCUGAAAUGACUCCAUUUUUAGAGAAAGUAUUUAAAUUAUUGGGACAAAUUGCAUUGAGUUGUGAAGCUGGUGUUACUGGAGAGCUGCAUAGUAAUAAAUGCAGAGUGUCUAUGACCGCAUCUCAUAGUUCGACAUUGGCUGAAGAAUUAAUAGCUUUAAUAAGACAUUUACAUUCUCUUCCAGGAUGGAGUGAUGCAUUAAAUUCAUAUUUAAUGGAAAAAAUGUCCUUAGCUGCAGAUUUGUUAACAGAUGGACCACUAUUUCACAUACAAAUGAAUGAAAAUGGUGGAGAAAAUAGUACGUUAAUUCAACAGACUGUGAUGGCUACUUUAAUUGUUAUUGGUGGUUUAGAUAGUAGACCUAGAAUUGGUGGUAUUGUUGAAGUUGAUGGAGAAAUAGCGACUAUAUGUAAAUUUACUCCUCACUCAAAGAUAGUUGUGCAAUUACGUGAUACUGGAGUGAAGAAAAAAGUUCUCUUUAAUACAAUUGUGAAUAUUCCACAAAAAUUUUAUUUAGAUAGAAUGACAAUGACUGAAUCUCUAUUAUUUGCGUGGGCGAAUUUAUUACUUGGUCAUUAUAAUAUGGACAGAAGACCCGGAGGAAUGCCAGUGAUUGCUGGAGUUGUUAAUUCAUCAAUUCUACGAACUCAACAAGAACAUUUAGCAGCUUUAAAUGCUGGAAAAGCGUUAUUAGGAUAUCAAACGAUUCUCCGACAAGUUUUAAAAUGUGCUGUAGCAGCAGGAGAUGAUGAAAGAAGAAUUUUAUUUCAAGAAAUACUCACUAGAGCAGUAAAACCACAACCUUUAAAACCAAUUUUUAAGAGAGAUGAGUUAGAAGCUGCUGCUUUAGCUGUAUCUCAAUAUUUAGCAUCAGAAUUACGUCACAUUCCUAUUCAUAGAUCUGGUUUAAUAUCAGAACCAACAACUCCGACAUCAGAUUGCUCUUUAGCAUCAUUAACGUCUAGUCAAAAGAGAUAUUGUAGAAGCAGUGGAAAGAAAUCCAUCACUAGUCCUCUAGUCACUCAAUUAACAGAAAUGGGCUUUCCUAAAAAGAGUGUCAAAUAUGUCAUAAAAAAUUUAAGCGUCACUGAAGGCAAUAUUACACCAGAAACUGUUGUAGCUUGGCUGAUUGAGAAAGCGGAUACAGCUUUUACUGAAAUGGAUGCUUUAUCAAGUUCUGAAACUAGUUCAGAAUCUGAAGAAUCUUCAAGUGAAGAAUUAGAUGAUUUAUCAUCAAUCCAUGAUGUCUUAACACCUACUUAUAUGAAAAGAUCUGAUUUCUUAUCUUUUGAUGAAUAUGCCAUUUAUGUCAGAGAUAAUAUCGCCCCUGGAAUGUUGGUUAGAUGUUGUAAAAGCUAUGAAAAAGUGGAGUUUGGAGAUAUUGGUCGAGUUGUUAAAAUAGACCCUGAAGGUCUUCAUGAUUUAAAUGUCCAAGUUGCUUGGCAGCAUAAAGAUGGUACAUAUUGGGUACGAUUCAUUCAUAUUGAACUUCUUGGACACUCUCCAAUUCCUGCUCUUAAAAUUGGAGAUAAAGUAAAGGUUAAAUCAUCAGUUGCUGUUCCAAAAUAUAAAUGGGCUUCAGUGAAUCAAUCCAGUGUUGGUAUUUUAACUGGAUUCAUUAAUAAUGGUAAAGAUGUUUCUGUUGAUUUUCCUGAAUACAGUAACUGGAUUGGAUGUAUAGAAGAAAUGGAACGAGUACCAUCAUGCCAUCAUGCAGUUUCUUGUAAUGCAUGUCAUUUAUCUCCAAUAUCUGGCCCAAGAUUUAAAUGUAAAGUUUGUGAGAAUUAUAAUCUCUGUGAAAAUUGUUUUUAUACUAAACGAUCACAUCGUCAUGGCUUCAAUAGAAUUACUGAGCCUGGAUCUGCAGCAGUUUAUGCUGGAAGACCUGGAAGAUAUAACAGACAAGAUAUCACAAAAUCUCCUUUGAUUGAAGAUUGGUCCAAGUGUAUUAGAACGUUGAGUGUAUCUUCGAGAGAAAAUUGGGCUACAAGGUUAAUUGAUGGAUCAGGAAAAUAUUGGCAAAGUAAUGGAUCAACAGGUAAACAUUGGAUUCGUUUAGAAAUGAUGCCUAGCAUUCUUAUUGAUUCAUUAAAGAUAACAGUAAAUCCAUCAGAUGGAAGCUAUAUGCCAUCGUUAAUAGCAGUUAAUGCUGGAGAUUCUUUUAGUAGUCUCUUAGAACUCGCUACAAUUCCUGUAAAAAAUACUGAUGAAGAAAUUACUCUGCUACAAGACAUGCGAGAAUAUUACCCUUGCAUUGAAAUCGCUAUAAAACAAUGCAGAAAUGGAGGAAUAGACUGUAGGAUCCGUAAUCUUCAAAUUGUUGGAAGAAAAAAAUUAUUUGAAAAUCAAUUAGCAACAUCUGUGUCAUUUUUAGCAUCUGAUUGGGAAGCUGUGCAAGAGCAAAUGACUGCUCAAAGAAUCGGAGAUGGUCCUCAACACUCGGCUGUUUAUGUUUGGGGUCUCAAUGAUAAAGAUCAAUUAGGAGGAUUGAAGGGAUCAAAGAUUCAACUCCCAGUCUAUAGUGAAGUUUUAUCUAAAUUAAAACCAGUAUAUAUAGCUGGUGGAAGCAAAACUCUGUUUAUUGUUACUCAAGAAGGCAAACUCUAUGCUUGUGGAGAAGGAUCACAUGGUAGACUUGGACUUGGAAACAACAAUAAUGUUUGUGAACCAAAACAAAUUCCAUUCUUAAGUCAAUAUAUAAUUAAAAAGGUAGCUGUACAUUCAGGAGCAACUCAUGCAUUGGCUUUGACUCAAGAUAGUAAAGUAUUUUCUUGGGGAGAUGGAGAAGAUGGUAAACUAGGACAUGGUAACCGUGUAUCUUUAGACAAACCUCGUUUAAUUGAAGCUUUAAGAUCUAAACGUAUUAAAGACAUUGCAUGUGGUUCAGGACACUCAGCAGCUAUUUCUAGCAAUGGAGAGCUUUAUACUUGGGGACUAGGAGAAUAUGGACGUCUAGGACAUGGUGAUACGGUUACUCAACUGAAACCCAAGCUAGUCGAAGCUUUAGUUGGUCAAAGAGUUGUCCAAGUCGCAUGUGGCAGUAAAGAUGCACAAACAUUAGCUCUCACUGAGGAUGGAUCUGUGUAUUCAUGGGGAGAUGGAGAUUUUGGUAAACUCGGAAGAGGUAAAGGCGGUGGUUGCUGUACUCCUUUAUUAAUUGAUAGAUUAAAUGGAUUAGGUGUUGUUCAAAUAGAAUGUGGAGCACAAUUUUCAUUAGCUUUAACAAAAUAUGGAGAAGUUUGGACCUGGGGAAAAGGUGAAUAUUUUCGACUAGGACACGGGGAUGUUGAUCAUGUGCGAGAACCAACAGUUGUUGAAGGUCUCAGAGGAAAAAAAAUAGUUCAUGUGGCAGUUGGAGCACUUCAUUGUCUCGCAGUAACAGACACAGGUCAGGUGUAUGCUUGGGGAGAUAAUGAUCAUGGUCAGCAAGGAAAUGGUUCGACAGUAUGUAAUCGGAAACCGUCUUUAGUUCAUGGAUUAGAUGAUAUAAAAAUUAAUAGAGUAGCUUGUGGAUCGAGUCACAGUGUCGCUUGGAUUUUAACUAACCAACCUUCACCAAAUAAUCAAGAUCCUGUGACCUUUCCUACUGCUAAAGAUCCUCUUGGUCAAGCAUCUCUAGGAUUCAUUGAAACUUCAGAAUCAACGACGGCAACACCAGAUAAAAGUGCCAGGCCAUCUUUAUCAAGUAUUAUUUUAUCUUUAGAGAGUAAUGUUGCUAAACAACAAGCUCUUCAACAUGUCAUCAAUGCUUUAUAUAUUAUACAAGCUAGAGCUGCAAUAGUUACUUCCUUAAGAAGUCAUACAACUUUAACGUCCGCUGAAAAAUCUCCUCAACCUGAUUCUCCAUCAGAAGGAACGAUGAGUAGCAGUGUAGGUCAUACAGUUUAUCAAAAUGUCGGAGAAAUUGCCCAAGGUGGUGGAGAAGCUCCAGCAAAUGCUUCUGAAGUAUCAACAUUAGGUGGAAGCCCUAGAGCUACUCCAGCUCUUGAAGAUUUUCCAGUAUCUAUCUUCCCAUCAAUGUCAAGUUCUGCAAGUUUAUCUUCCAGAGCUUCAAAGAUGUCUACAAGUGCAAUGAGUGUUAUUGCUGCUACUUUAACGUCUAAUGCUCAAGUUGUUGGAGAAGGAGGAACAAUAGAAAAUGGUUUAGAUGAAUUUACUUCAACAUUAACAGAAGAUGAUGCUAGAAUGCUUGUGGAUCUUCUUAAAUUAGCUGUGGCCAAUCGAGUCAAUGAUGGAGCUAAAGAAAUCAUUUCAUCAGUUCUUAUAUCUCUAGCUAAAUCGAAUUCUCAUAUUAAAAAUAUGUUGCUUGAACUUUGUGUGACAGAACUUGAAGAUACUGCAGCAAAUUCUAAUUGUAUUAGUAAAACACCACAACCAGUAGUUCAAGAAACUCCACAUCCUUACUUUGAUGACACAACAUUAACUGGUCAUGUCAAAAUUCCAGGAGCAGAAGCAUUAAGAGUUGAGUUUGAUCGUCAAUGCUCAACAGAACGUAGACAUGAUCCACUAACAAUAAUGGAUGGAGCAGGACGAGUAGUAGCAGUAAAAUCUGGCCGAGAAUGGUGCGAAUGGGAAGCAGAAAUAAAAAUUCAAGGUGAUGAAUUAUUUUGGAGAUUUUCUUCUGAUAGCUCAGUUAAUGGUUGGGGCUGGAGAUUUACAGUUCAUCCAAUUGUGGCUAUUCUCGCUCCUCAUGAAUUAGGAUCUGAUCGUGCUGUCUUGACACAGCCAUCAAUAAUCUUAGCUGAAUGUCUUUUAAAUAAUAGUUUAUUAAAUUCUGAUAAAAAUAUUGUCACAAGAUUAGCAGCAACUUUAGCACAAUAUAAUCAAUUAAGUUUACUUACUCCUCAACAAAGGAUGUGGGCAUUAAAGAAGCUUCAAAUAGUAUAUUUAACACAUUUGAAUGGACCAGGAAUAAGAGCAGAUGCUGCUUUAUCAUCACUCUUGAGCUCUCUUCCACAAGCUUUAUUACGACAGUAUGAAUAUGAAGAUCCAGCAGUACGAGGAGGAAAGCAAUUAAUGUACAGUGACUUCUUUAAAGUUUUAGUAGCACUAGCUUGUGAUGUAGAAUUAGAUUCAAUGCCUUGUUGUUCAGAAAAACAUAAAUGGUCAUGGUUUAAAGGAUAUUGUCUUGCAGCUCGAGUAGCAAAAUCUCUGAUCAAUAGAACACCACUACCAAAAUCAUUUUGUACUGAAGUAACAAAAGGAAUUAUUGAAAUGACGACUGAUGCAGAUGAAGGAUCAAAAGAUCAUGAAAAUCAUGAGCUCUUUAAACGAGAACAUGAUGAACAACUUCUACUUUGGGUCAACAGAAGACCUGAAGAUUGGACACUAUCUUGGGAUGGAUCUGGUGCAAUUUAUGGAUGGGGACACAAUCAUCGUGGACAAUUGGGUGGUUUAGAAGGGGCAAGAAUUAAAUUACCAUCACCAUGUGAAAGUUUAUCUGCUUUAAGACCUGUUCAGCUUGCAGGAGGAGAACAGACUUUGUUUGCAGUCACUGCUGAUGGAAAAGUUUACGCUACAGGAAAUGGAUUAACAGGAAGACUUGGUAUUGGUGGAACAGCUUCUGUUAUGGUUCCUACGCUUUUAGAAUCAAUUCAACAUGUAUUUAUUAAAAAAAUAGCUGUAAAUUCUGGUGGAAAACAUUGUUUAGCAUUGUCAUCUGAAGGCCAUGUGUAUUCAUGGGGAGAAGGUGUUGACGGGAAAUUAGGACAUGGUGAUGGAAUAACUUAUGAACGUCCUAAACUGAUUGAAGCUUUAUUGGGCAUCGAAAUCAUCGACAUAGCUUGUGGAGGACAUCAUAGUGCUGCUAUAAGUAGUACUGGGCUCCUGUACACUUGGGGAAAAGGAACAUAUGGUCGACUAGGCCAUGGAGACAGUACUGGUCAAUCGAAGCCUAAAGUUGUUGCCGCUCUUCAGGAUUAUAAAGUUGUUGAUGUUGCUUGUGGUAGUGGAGAUGCCCAAACUCUUUGUGUAACUGAUGACGAUAAUGUUUGGAGCUGGGGAGAUGGUGAUUAUGGAAAAUUAGGACGAGGAGGAAGUGAUGGUUGUCAAAUCCCUAUGAAAAUAGAAUAUCUCGCAGGAUUGGGAGUAAUUAAAGUUGAAUGUGGAAGUCAAUUUUCGGUUGCAUUGACCAGAUCUGGUGCUGUUUAUACUUGGGGUAAAGGAGAUUAUCAUAGAUUAGGACAUGGAAAUGAUGAUCACGUAAGAAGACCAAAAAAAGUCGCAGCUCUUCAAGGAAAAAAAAUAAUAUCCAUUGCGACAGGCUCUCUGCAUUGUGUCGCAUGUUCAGAUAAAGGAGAAGUAUUUACCUGGGGUGAUAAUGAUGAAGGACAAUUAGGAGAUGGUACAACUAGUGCUUUACAAAGACCAAGACUUGUCUAUGCACUUCAAGGUAAGAAAAUUACUCGUGUAGCGUGUGGAAGUGCCCAUACUCUUGCUUGGAGUACUAGUAAAGCUACUCCUAGUCGACUGCCAGCAUCUACACCAAUGGAGUAUGAUUUAUUAAAAGAUUUUCCUCCGUCAGUACUCCACAAUCGUUUAGUUCUUCUUCAUUAUUUUGCUGAGCUUCUCUAUCCAUCUCUUAUGAUGUUCCCGAUAUCAGGAUCGAAUGGACUAAAUAAAUUAGCACCAAUGUUAGUUUAUAGCAUCAAAGAAGCAACAUUCAGAAAAGUGGUUCAAGCUACAAUGAUCAGAGAUCGUCAGCAUGGUCCGGUAAUUGAAUUAAAUAGAAUUCAAGUAAAAAGAGCAAGAAGCAAAGGAGGAUUAGCAGGUCCUGAUGGAAUAAAAUCAGUUUUUGGACAGAUGGUAUCUAAAAUGUCUCUAUUAACUCAAGAUGUUCUCUUCUUGCCUCACAGAGUUUGGAAAGUUAAAUUCGUUGGAGAAAGUGUUGACGAUUGUGGAGGAGGUUAUAGUGAAAGUAUUGCUGAAAUGUGUGAUGAAUUGCAAAAUGGAUCACUUCCUCUAUUUAUUCCAACACCAAAUGGACGAGAUGACAAUGGAACCAAUCGUGAUUGUUUCUUAUUAAAUCCAACAGCAAAAUCAUCUCUACAUAUAAAUAUGUUCCAAUUUUUGGGAAUUUUGAUGGGAAUUGCUAUUAGAACUGGCAGUCCAUUAAGUUUAAAUUUAGCAGAACCUGUCUGGAAACAACUCGCAGGUAUACCAUUAACACCUGCUGAUUUGACUGAAGUUGAUCGAGACUAUGUCCCUGGAUUAUUAUGCAUUCGAGACAUGGAUCCUGAUGAAAAAGUCUUCCAGACAUUGGAAAUGCCUUUUUCAACUCCUUCAGCAUAUGGUCAUGAUGUUCCAUUGUCCAGCAAAUACAAAAAAAUCACGCCUGAAAAUAGAUACGAAUAUGUUAAGCUUGCACUCAAUUAUCGAUUGCACGAAUUUGAUGCACAAAUUGCUGCUGUUCGAGAAGGAAUGUCUAAAGUAAUUCCAGUUCCUCUAUUGGCAUUAUUCAGUGGUGCAGAGUUGGAAACAAUGGUCUGUGGUAGUCCAGAUAUUCCUUUAGGGCUUUUGAAAUCAGUUGCAACGUAUAAAGGUGUUGAAGCAACAUCAAGUCUUGUUCAAUGGUUCUGGGAAGUCAUGGAAGAAUUUUCUAAUCAAGAAAGAUCCUUAUUUUUGAGAUUUGUUUGGGGACGAACUCGAUUACCUCGUACUAUUCCAGAUUUCAGAGGUCGAGAUUUUGUUCUUCAGGUGAUGGACAAGUAUAAUCCACCGGAUCACUUUUUGCCAGAAAGCUACACAUGUUUUUUCUUGUUAAAAAUGCCUAGAUACUCAUGUAAAGCAGUACUCCGACAAAAACUAAAAUACGCUAUUCAUUUUUGCAAGAGCAUUGACACGGAUGAAUACGCUAGAGUUCAAGCUGCAACUAAUUCUGAUACGGAUGAUGAUGACAGCUUAGCUAGCGAAGAGCAUACGUCCCUUUAGAUAGAUUGAUGGUUGUAUGAAAUAACGCUUUCGAUGUGAAGCACUGCUUAACAGGGAUAUACUUCUCAGAGAAAUUAUUUUUUUUAAUCAGUAUUUAAAAAAUCGAAACACACCACGUAAUAACAUCAUUGCUUUUAGAUCACACUUUAGAAAACGUAGUUACAAAAUAUAUAAAGCGAUUAACGACGAAGCAUUAUUAAUUUUGAAUAUGCUUUGCUCUGAUUUAUUUAUUUUUUUGCAUAAAUAAGUCAUUAUUUCAGGUCUUUAUAUCGCUUACACAUAAUUAACAGAUACUGACCGGUUGUUAUUUUACUAGCCAAUUGUAUGAAAGAUAAACAACGUGAGAAAAAUGUCAAUAAAAAUAAAUAAGUAGUUAUUAUGAAUUUUUUUGUAUGACUGCUAAUGUGAAUUUGUUAUUUUAUUGAAAUCAUGAAUUUGUUAAUACUUUUUUGUUCCUUAGAUAGAAACUAUUUUCCAAUUGUCAAUAAGUACUCUGUAAAGUUUUGUUUAUACAAUUUUUCUUACA